GCGGAAGUGGUGCGCGGCGGGGCGGAAGUGACGGAGGCGGCGUCCCGCGCGGCGGGCUCGGGGGAUGCGGCUGCUGAGCUGGAACGUGGCCGGGCUCCGGGCCGGGCCGGGCCCCGCGGGGCUCGGGGCGCUGGGCGGGGACGUGAUCUGCCUGCAGGAGACCCGCGUCACGCGGGACCUGCUGGAGGAGCCACUGGCCAUGGUGGAUGGCUACAACUCCUACUUCAGCUUCUGCCGCACCCGGAGCGGCUACUCAGGUGUGGCGACCUUCUGUAAGGACAGUGCCACCCCGCUGGCAGCGGAGGAGGGGCUCUCUGGGCUCCUGGCCCAGCCUGGGGAGGGCGGUGCCGUGGGGUGUUACGGAGACCUAGGGGCCUUCACACCCCAAGAGCUGAAGGCGCUGGACAGCGAGGGGCGCGCGGUGAUCACCCACCACCGCAUACGCACCUCAGCACAGCAGGAGACCACCCUGACGGUGAUCAACGUGUACUGCCCCCGGGCCGACCCCCAGCGCCCCGAGCGCGCCGCCUACCAGGCAUCCUUCUACCGCCUGCUGCAGGGCCGGGCUGAGGCGCUGCUGAGAGACGGGGGCCACGUUGUGAUCUUGGGGGACAUCAACACAUCGCAUCGGCCCAUCGACCACUGCGAGCCAGGGGACCUGGAAGCGUUCCAGGAGCACCCCGGCCGGCGCUGGCUGGACGGGUUCCUAUGGGUGCCAGACGGGCCCCCCGGGCAGGGGCUCUUCGUCGACACCUUCCGCCUUCUGCACCCCAGCCAGCCCUAUGCCUUCACCUGUUGGCGCGUCGACACCGGCGCCCGGCUCACCAACCACGGCACACGGCUAGACUACGUCCUGGCUGACCGGGCCCUGGCGCUGGCCGAGCUGCGGGACGCCCGCGUCCUGCCCGAGGUGCCUGGCUCCGACCACUGCCCCGUGCUGGCCGAGCUGGCGGCCACCUUCCUGCCGGCACGCCGCUGCCCCCCGCUCUGCACCCGCCACAUGCCUGAAUUCGCCGGCACCCAGCAGAAGCUCAGCCGCUUUUUGGUCAGGGUGGAGCGGGGAGUGGGAGUGGGAGUGGGAGCGGGCGCGGGCGCGGGCGUGGGCGUGACGUGUCAGGGGGCCGGGGUGGGGCGGAGGUGCUCCACACGGAGGGGGAGACGCCCACCCAGGGGGCAAGGGGACCUGCUGAGCUACUUCAGAGCCGCACAGGGCCAGCUGAGGACAGGCACGACCCUGAAUGCACUGGGGCAGAGCGGACAAGGGCCGGCCCAGGAUGCCCCAGGGCACAGGACACAGGAGAUGGCCCAUGAUGCACCAGGGCAGGGCGGACAACGGGAGCCCUGCAAUGGCUUGGUGCCCAGGGAGCUGAUGAUGGGGCAGGCAGCAGGCACCCAGGACAGCUGCCCGGCCCGCUGGCGUGCGGUGCUGCCCGGCCCGGCCCCCCCACCCUGCUGCCCGGCCCACGGGCAGCCCUGCGCCCUGCGCACCGUCCGCAAACCCGGCCCCAACCGUGGGCGGCGUUUCUACGUGUGCGCCCAGCCCCCUGGGCGCCCCAGCGACCCCCGCGCCCGCUGCGACUUCUUCCGCUGGGCCAGCAAGGGGCGCUCAUGAGGUGGGGCGUUGUGUUUUUUUUUUCUUCUUCUUCCCUCAAAUCAUUCCUGUAGGAAUUCCACCCCCCCCCCCCCCAUGCAUAGGAACCUGGGAGCCCCGGAUUCCUGGGUUUGCCACCCCAAUAUGAUCUAAACUCACCAGGGUGCUGGGCAUGUACAGAAGGGGAAACUCCGUCUAUUUUUAUAAAUAAAGAAGAUGAAAGACA